AUGGGCAUCGCAAGCAGCAAGCCCGACGAUGGGGCAUCUCUCUACCUGAGAGACCAAAAUCGAUUGAGCAUAACUUCCUUGGUCAUCACAAACCCGCGGAAGCGCAGCUCCGUGAACAUCGUUCCCAAUGCAUUUCCAGCUACCAGAGUAUCCGUUCACCGGCCUGUUGGCGACAAUACCACUGUAGACUAUGUCCAGGAUCCCGAACCCUCCAACCCGAAUGCCCCCCCCAGCUUCCUCCUCAAGCUUAGCAACGAUGACGAGCUCAUAUUUACCUUUACAUUUGUUUUGCGCCAGGGCCAGGGCGCCCUGCCCGCCACCGCAGACAUCAAACCGCUUCCGGCCGACACGAUCAUUUCCGGCCUCACUUUUGUCAAUGCCUCCACAGCCAAGGAGGUCGAGAACCUUGUAACUCGCGAGUUCCAUGCCGACCCGAACCUCCACAGAAAUUCCAACGUCGCUUUAGUCGGCGAUUAUUCCACCGGUGGAAGCCCAUCAGUGACGUUCGAAUGGACCUGGAAGUGGAAGCCACCUAGAAUCACCGAAGACCGAGGCGGUGGCUGGAGGAACGCAUGCAGCUUUGUUGAGUAUGAUUCCCGGGCCCAUCGGCUACACACUUUGGCGAGCUUCUCGUACUUCGUUUCAGGCACACCAGCAUCCUUGAGCCACCCCAACUCACCCUCCCCUCCGUUCCUCCUGGCAUCUCCGCCUAAGAUCCGAGUUGCCUCGGCCCAAACAGUCGACUCCCGCAUCACCGUUCCCGAUAUCGAUGAGCCUGUAUCACCCCUCCUACCGGCUUCCGAGCUGACCCUUCCCCCAUCGACUCCUUUGCUACAAGAGCCAUUCAGGGUCGACGUCGCUUGCCCGAAGCCCACAGAGGACGUUGCAGUCAGCGAUGACGGCCCACUUUUCCGCGCUACUCUCAAAGCCCUAGAGCAGAAGACGGGUAACCUGAGAGUGCAGAUGAAGAAGGUCUUGAAGAAGGCAGAGCAUGCGCACAUGUGUCAACAGGACGCAAACGAAGCUUUCCUCAAUUUCGUGGAUUCGUUACGAGAGGCUUCGUCCACCAAUGCUAACGCAGUCCAACCUGCCCUCGAGCACUAUUUCGAUAAAAUUGCCAGAGAGAUCUUGUCCUACGAACGACAAAACACCUUUAACCUUCAGAAGAUAAUUAUUGAACCCGUUGCUAAACUGUACCAAGUCGAUAUCAAACAGGCCGAGGCAAAGAAGCGAGACUUUGAGGAGGAGAGCAAGGACUACUACGCAUACGUGUCGCGUUACUUGGGCCAGCGACAGGACUCGGUCAAGGCUAAGAAACUUGCCGACAGCGACUCCAAGUACCAGAACAAGCGCCGCAACUUCGAGCUCAAGCGUUUCGAUUACUCCAGCUUCAUGCAGGAUCUCCACGGCGGCCGCAAGGAGCAGGAAGUUUUGUCGCACCUUACAAAGUUCGCUGAUUCCCAGACUCGAAGCUUCCUUGCUGCCGCGAAGAAGAUCGAUGUUCUUUUGCCCCAGCUUGAGGCGUUAUCUACUGAAGUCCAAGAGGCAGACAAGGAGUACCAGUAUCAGAGACGCGAGCGAGAGGAGAAACGCCGUCUUCUUGAGAAGAGCAACACCCCUUACAAGGAACCCGAGCAGUCUUCUAGCACAGCGAGCAGCAGUGCGCCGAUCGCCACGAGCUCCAACGGUCAUGCAGGCAAUACCUCGGAUUCGGAUUUGGGCCGUGCAGAUAGUACGGGAUCGCAGUUGAAGACUGCGCUUUCAGGUGGCUCAGCCUCUGCCAGUGGUCCUUCAGCCGCAGAGCUCUCCAGGUCUCCAGGUAGCCUUGGGCAAUCAUCAGUGGGAAGCCCCGUAGUACCAUCCAAGUUCAAAGGGUUCCGCGAUCUUGAAGAGCGGGAUGUCACGCAGAUGACAUUUGGCCAUCGAAAGGAAGGGCUCCUCUGGGCCCUCAACCGACCUGGGGGACAUGUAGACCCCCGCAACUUGAACAAACAGGGCUGGCAUAAGUUCUGGAUUGUAUUGGAUCAAGGAAAGCUGUCCGAGUACAGUAAUUGGAAGCAGAAGCUCGAUCUUCACAUGGACCCCAUUGACCUCCGAAUGGCGUCAGUUCGAGAAGCCCGAAAUGCGGAACGACGGUUCUGCUUCGAGGUCAUUACCCCUAAUUUCAAGCGAGUUUACCAAGCCACGUCCGAGGAGGAUAUGAAUAGCUGGAUCCUCUCCAUCAACAAUGCUCUACAGAGUGCCAUGGAAGGACGAGCCUACCAGGGCAAGCCGACAUCGUCCAAUGGCGACUCAUCCCUUAAGAGAGAUAUCGGCUCAGUGCUCACAGGCAAGACACAAUCGGUGGGCCACGCACCACACGGCAGCACUUCCAAUACCGGAAUGCCGAGUCGUAGGAUCACAGUUGGUGCUCGACCAACCGCAGUGCGAACAGCGAGUUCGGGAUACGACGAGAACCCGGACAAGCUCCUUCAGAUGGUUCGAGAUAAUGACCAAGGCAAUAUGUGGUGCGCGGAUUGUGGUUCUGGUUCCAAGGUGGAGUGGGUAUCCAUCAACCUGGGCAUUAUCCUUUGCAUCGAGUGCAGUGGUAUCCACCGCUCACUCGGCACCCACAUCAGCAAGGUGCGGUCUCUCACGCUUGACAUUAAGUCAUUCACAGUCGAUAUUGUCGAGCUCCUGCUGCUCAUCGGAAACCGAGUGUCAAACAUGGUCUGGGAAGCCAGGUUGGACCAGUCGGUCAAGCCAACUGCUCAAGCAACUCGAGAGCAACGGCUCCGGUUCAUCACGGCCAAGUACGUGGAUAGAGCCUUCGUCGAACCCAUCUCAUCGACACUGUCACGAUAUGGCACGGCAGACGAGACACUUCUGGCAGCUAUUAAGAAAAACGAGAUCCAGCAGGUGCUCUAUGCCUUGGCGUUGAAGGCGAAGCCCAACACAGUCGACAAGAUGAGGGGCACCCAUGCCGUCUUCUUGGCUCUCGCCGCGGCCGACCCGGCAGCCCCCUCACCGACCCCGGGACAGACGGCAAGUGAUGGGGAUGGAAAGGCAAUACCAUUCCCUGUUGCGGAAUUACUGGUUCAGAAUGGAGCGGAGAUCCCUGCGACGAUGCCGGCAUUCCCCCUGGGACGUUACGCGCAGUUGUAUGUGGAGCAGAAGCGAGGUCGAAGCACAGGGUCGAGCGACGCGGUGCCUUCACUGCCUUCUAACACAAGUGCAGCUGAGAGGUUGCGGCGCGAGAGGGAGGCCCGCUUGCAAAAGCGAGUAAGCACCGGCGGUAGGCUGGCCAGGUCUGCAAUUCCCGAGAAAUAG